AUGGGGUUCCAGCGCAACAUCAAGAAAAUCAAUAUGGGUCCGGCAACAGGCAAAGAAAAACGCGGUCGAGCGAAGCGAAAACCUCAAAUUUCGGUGCGCAGGCUCUCUAAAGCUAGCUCCAAGUUUAGUCCCGGUUUCCGUGUGGGCGCAUCGCAGGACUUGCCAAUUACGCUCGAUAGCGAUGAUGACGCGCCAACAAGCACUCCCCAACGUCUUGACCCUCGUCGAACACAUGUCUCACUCGCCAAGCCCAACCUACGAGGUUUCCGCUACGAUGGCACGAGCGAGAGCCCGCGCGCGUUACCGAAUACGUCGCAUGCACCCGUAGGCUUCGUCCUACGACGCUCCUCACCAACAUGUAGCGGGCCCGCAAAGAAUCAAUCGCAUGCUGUACCCCAAGAAAUACUACAACGAGAUUCUGAUGGCGAUGAAGAGGCGUCACCGAUCCGUAAACCUGCCACACGACGCACACGCCACAAUCACGCACUCAAUGGAUGCCGGAAAGAGAGCAAGCCUGGGACUAUCAACAUGAGUCUUAUGGAUAUCGACGACUUCGGUUUGAGAAGUAAGGUUGCUCAGCUAAUGGCUGUAGCACCCGCGCUACCCAUUGUGGAUCUCUAUCACCUCAUCAUAGACAGCGAAGGCGAUCUACCAUUGGCAAAGAAACAAGCCAUCAGAAUGAGUGAAGCCCCACCGGCACGAUAUUCACCAGGCUUGGAUGCAGACGGUGAGGUCAUGGUUAAGAUAGACCCAAACGAUCCCGCUUUUGAGUGGGACGACGAUGAACCGCAGCCGGAGUCAACCACUACAAUCGCAUCGAGACCACAGUCCAGGCCGAAGAACAAAGCUACAAAGUCAAAGAGUCUAAACCAUCAUGCAAAGCCCUCUAAAAGCGCGAAGUCAGGUGCAAAACACUGCUCAAACACGAGCGCGAAACGAACCAAGUCGUCUUCGAUGAACCCUACCCACGCCCGAGAGACUAGCAGCGACCGCGAGUUCAUCGUCCCCGAUAACACUGUCCAUUACGAUCUCAAUUUUGAUAUCUCUAAUGGCUCUGAUGAGUUUUUUGGUGUUGAGCGCGCUCUCAGUCACGUCGGUUUUCGAAGUGAGUUCGACAGUACAUCAUCCUUCCCGUCCACCAUAUUUCCAUCCUUCACCCUACCAUCUUUCCCACCUCUGGUCCCCGACAUGGCCGUCGCCUGCCCCCAAUUCUCGUUCACGAAACCAAAACGUCUUCCAAAGCAACGGUGCCGCCCAUCCAAUGCCGCUUUCCGGGUGGCAGCGGCGCAACUCGAUCUCAUCAACCGCAAAGCAGGAGGGAUCCGUAUACCAGCGAUCAUAGAUCUGAGUGAUGGAGAGCCCAGCCCGGCGGUAGAAUACGAGAUGGUGGAAUAUGCUGUGCAGAACGCACUGGCAAGAGAACGUGGUCUACCGAGUGGCAACACGUUCGAGCGCAAGACGCCAAUAUCUACGAGUAGUUCCAAGUCACCAAUCUCGCAACGAAAGCGACGUUUUAUCGUAGACUCGGAUGACGAGGAUAGCACAUCUUCAACGUCGUCUCCAUCACCUAACCAGAAAUAUCACCAGAAAGAGCGAUCCAUCCGUUCGGCCAGUCGCAACACAAAGCGACGAAGAGACAGCUUCCUAUCUGACUCCGACGCUCCCGGCGAUCAACCAGUCAGAAAGGCGAAGAAGCCGCGACAAGACUUGGCGGCUGAGUUGGACGACCUGGACAUCGAAAUGGAAGGUUGGAGCGCAGCUGAAGAGACGCCUAGGAGACAGCGACGCAGAAGGUAG